ACAUAUAAAGUACAAUCAGCGCCGCCAAACAAUCAGCACACAUACUAAUGGACAGAAAAAACAAACUAAAUUGCUGCUAGUGUGUUCAAUUUCAUGGUUUCCCUCUUUUCCGGUCAGGCAAUACGACCAUAGCAGAAAUAUGCGUAAAAUAAUGAAAUCUGGUAAAGUCGUAAUCGUCCUCUGUGGACGUUACGCCGGCCGCAAGGCUGUUGUCGUGAAAACUUUUGAUGAUGGAACAUCCGAUAAACAAUUUGGACACGCACUAGUUGCUGGUAUCGAUCGCUAUCCACGUAAAGUGACGAAGAAAAUGGGAAAGGCAAAAUUGAAGAAGAAGUCGAAAAUCAAGCCAUUCUUGAAGUUGUUGAACUAUAACCACGUUAUGCCAACAAGAUACAGUGUAUCGGAUAUUCCAUUUGACAAGGUGACAGUGAAGGAUCUGAAAGACCCAGUCAAGCGCAAGACACAUCGCUUCCAAACCCGUGUUAAAUUCGAAGAAAAAUACAAGGCUGGCAAAAACAAAUGGUUCUUCACCAAAUUGCGGUUCUAAUCGAAAUGAAUGAAAUACUUUUUUACCAGUGUAAAAAAUCAACCGCAUCAAUAAAAUGAUAAACUGUGAAACUA